UCUGCUCAUUCACACUUUUGUUUCCCAUCUGACUUCAACAAAACUGCUGAGUUUGGAGUAAAAAUUUUUAAAAUUAAUUAACUUUUCCUUAAAAUUGGCUAAUUUCCUCAUAAAUAAAUUUCAAUUAACUAACUACUUAACCAUGGCACUCCCCAUGUCCCGCCGGCCCCCGGCGGUGGAGGCGGAUAAGCUCGAAGAGGAGAAAUUGGCCAUUCGCUUUCUUAAGUUGGAUAAGUAUAAGAUCUUUAUGGAUUCGAUGAUCAAGUGGUACACGGUCAUGACGAAACGCAACCGGGCCAAGUUGACCCCGUCAAAAUUGCGGAGGAAGGCGAUCCAUGUCCUCUACGUGUUGAAGUACCCUUGCGACAGGGUCCCUUUAGACUGGAUAAUCAAACUGAGGGAAGCCACGGGAAUGAAACUCUACCGGAGGAUUAAGAAGCAGCCCGACUUCAGUUAUCUGGCGGGACGAGAGAUCGAGGUUUCAGUGGACCCUUCGAAUCCCGAAGGGAAGAAGAAGCGAUUCACUUUUGACUCGACUGGCCAACCAAUCGAAAUAUUUUCGAGUGAUGAUUCGAGCGAUUCUUCUGACGAUGAGGAUGCCAUCAUCGACCUCUCCGACGAAGUACCCCCACCCGACUGGCUGGAAGCGUACGCUCGUGGCGAACAUCGUCGCAGGGAACUCACCCUGGCCGAAGGAGAAGAUGGGAAAAGGAUCUUGUUUUACGAUUACGAACCGGAAUAUAAGGAUUUCGACCCGAAAGCCCUUCCUCCGCAGCCGGCUCAUGACUCGACUUCGUUCAAGUGGUUCUCGACUGCGCACAAGAACAAAUAGCUAGUCCAUUAAAUCCGAAGUACUUCCGGUUUUGUAUUUUUUAUUAAUUUACAAAGUUUCUUAAUAGCGAUGAAGAUGAUAAAAUUUCGAAUUUCGUAAUCAGUAUCUGUUGUGAUUUACGAUAUACUUCUUGGAAAUCAAAAUAACUUUAAAUUGUUGUACUGACAAAAAAUAAUACUCAAAAGAUGAAAUCUUUCUUUUACUUAAUGUUUUUCUUAUUCUCUGUAUUCAUUGUAAUCUAAUUUUAAUUUUUGAAAUGGUUUGAACUAUAACUAAAACCAGUUUUCUGAAGAAAUAAAUAACUUGAUAAAUAAUUAUUCUGUUAUUAUUAUUAAAUAUUGACGAAUAAAGUAAACUUUUUCUCGAACAGUAAAA